AUUUCCGCAGGUGGCUCAUGUAACUCCGUACCCUGCCCCGACCUGCCCUGCCCUGCCCAGCCCGUCCUGGCCUCUCCAUCCAUCUCUGGCCUGAGUGCCUUGCGUGCGCUGCCCGAGUCUCCCUUCCCUGCACGCUUCCUCAGUCAAGCCGCCGCUCCCACGCGCUCGCAGCCCUCCGAGGACCAGCCCAGCCCCGUCCCCGUCCAUCAAUCAUCGCACGCUGGUUCGCUCGCUCACAUUCACUCACUCAUUUCUCUCACACCCACUCUCUCUCACCGUGGACGCCGGCAUACAUGCACCCUCUUCCUCCGCCCGCCUGCCAUGCGUCCUCUCCUUCCGCAUCUGAUGUCUGACGCCUGACGCCUCAACGCCUCAAGCACGACAAGACUGGCCGAAAAACUGACUAACCGACUCUGCUGCUUCCUGUUGGCUGCAGCAUUGGCCUCUCCUUUUUUGAUACGGUCCAAGGCAUCCGAGGCCCACACGCUGCGUUGCUAGACGCAAGCAAGCAAGCAAGCAAGCUCGGGAACAAGAAAUCGACCCAUCGCAGCCUGGCAGAAGAGGAGAAAGAGGGAAGAGGGCGCGCCCCAGAGUUCUUGAAGAAAUCCAGCCUCCCCCGGGCGCACAAACGGCGCCGCGGCCGCCCCGGAUGUGCAUUUGUUUGACCACGACCACGGCCACGGCAUAGCCUGGCAGUCCGAAGACAGACAGACAGACAGACCACAUACGAACACGACGGACAAGAAACAAGACAAAGCCCCCGUCCGCAAUUCAGUUCAGUUUAAACCCACACGCGCGCGCCGUGCUUCUUUUGUCCGGGCAAUCCGCGACGCCGCCGUCGACACAAUGCCAGACUCCACCCCGGCAUCGGGCGACCUUUCUCGCGCCACCCCCGAGGUCCAGAAGUAUCGCCCACGAGCAUGUCAGUCCUGCGCCCGCUCAAAGAUGAGAUGCGUCUGGCCGUCUGAGCCCGGCGCCACGCCCUGCCAGAGGUGUUCCAAGAUCAAGGCACCAUGUACCCUCCCAGAGAUUAACCCGCGAAGGAGGCGCGGUCCCUCGACCCGUGUUGGCCAGCUCGAGGAGAAGAUCGACGGCAUCAUGUUCCUCCUGAACGCCAGCCAGCAAGUCCAACAGAACAGCCCUAGCUCCGGUGGCCAUACACCACCCAGCAGCGCCAGUGUGCCCGUCCCCAGUCACGAGCCCGGUCGGAAUAGCAUCCAGCAACUCCUGAACCCAAAUGUCGAGUCCACGAGCAGUGCCGCCCCUGGCAACAGGCCAGAUCUUGCCGACUUUGCCUCGUCUCCUCCGUCAGCACACAGUUUCCAAUACAAUGCCCGUACUCUCCCUCCGCCGGGCGUGGCCCAGCCUGCAUCCAUCACUACCACCGGCCAGAGCACAAGUGCCAGCAGCCCAAAGCUCUCAGCGGACACGGCUGGGCCGGGCUUCAGGGCACAGGGCAGGCCUUCGCCCACCGGCAAUGAGUCUGUCGACAUCAUUCCUGGCUUCCGCAUGACAUUUUACGAGGCAGACCGCGCCUUGAACAUUUACAGGUCCCUAUACGCGCCUUACUUCCCCUUCGUCACAGUACCCGUCAUGGCCACCGCCUAUGACCUCUACGAGAAGACCCCCUUCCUGUUCCGCACCAUCGUCUCGGUGGCUGCGCCGCAGGGUCCAAAUACCCAAUCCGACUUUAGGGAAUGGUUCCGCCGCUACAUUGCCGAGCAUGUUGUGGUCAACAAUGAGCGGCGGCUGGAGUUAUUGCAAGCAUUGCUCGUCCACGUUGCAUGGGGCGACUUCCACUUCUUUAUCGACUCGCAGGCGACAAACUUUGUCCAACUCGCUGUUGCGCUCGUCAUCGAUCUCGGCCUCAGCAGAUGGCCCCUAGAUUUUGGCAAGGCGGCCUCGCUCAUGCUGAGGGACGCCUCGUCGCAAAAUCGGGGCGGCAAGAAGUAUUGGAGCAAACAGCACACGCUGGAAGACAUGCGCGCUGCCCUCGGAACCUUUUAUGUCACAUCACUACUCUCCAGCUUUUUCAGGCGGCAUACCCCCAUGACGUGCAACUCGUACCUGGUCAGGUGCUGCGAAGAGAUCGGAAAGGCCCGCGAGUAUGACUCGGACGGCUUCCUGGUCGCCUUGGUCAAAAUGCAGCAGCUGCUGGGCCGCGCCUCUGAGCUCGUGCCCUACGGAGACGACUACGCCUCGCGGAGUGUCAACUAUGCGCCCAUACAUAUGGCCAUCGCGUCCGUGCGGAGGGAAUUGGACGCCCUCGUCCGAGAGCAACCACCAGAGGUAGAGUGCAAUUCUCUCCUGUGGACGCACUACCAUGCCGCGAUAUGUCGCCUUUAUGAACCGACCAUCUACAUCCGCUCGACAUCGGCGGCCACCGGCUACGAGGCGGGUGACCCGAACGCGCGCAUAUCGGCGCUGUGGUCGUGCCUCGGCUCGGCUCGCGACUUCUUGUCGUCCUACAUGGCGAUCCCGCCGCAGAACCUGGUGUGCAUGCCGUUCCACAGCGCCCACAUCUCAUUCGUCAUCGUGACCGCCAGCCGGCUGCUAUUCCUGGGCGACGAGGCGUCGUCACCCAACAACCCGCGUGAUCCGGACUGGGUUCUCUCGGUGGCGCGCGACCAUUUCAACCUCGAUUCCAUCUGCGCACGCCUCUCGGAAUUUUUCGACGAGGCCGACCGCCUCGCAACGGGGCUGGGGAGGCGGGGGAGAUAUGUGGACGGCGAGAAGACUGUGCUCGGCAUGUUCAGAGACAAGGUACGGUGGAUUCGGAGCUGGUACCUGGGGCGAAUUCGCCCGGGGACGCGCGAGGGUUAUCCCGGGCCUUUCCCCCAGGACGCGCGGUUUAGGAGCGAGGCUGUAGGCGACGCGGCCAAGAACCUGGCCGGUGGUGGUGGCGGUGCUGGGACAGCAGAGGCUGGCGGCGGCGGCGGCGGCGGCGGUAGCAGCAAUGCCCCAGCCGCGCAGGCAGACGUAGGAGGGCAGGCCAUGGAGGUGGACUACGGAUCACCGAGCCAGCUCACGAUGCCCGGUGAGCUCGACGAGGCCUUCUGGCAGGCCAUGUUCGACCUGGGUGGCAGCGGUGUGGACUGGAUGGACGUCCAGGCAUAAGCAAAAACGGCGCGCGCGCGCACUUGAGCACACACACACACUUGCGCGCGGCUCGGGUUCCCCAUUUAUCACCGGCAAAGGACCUCGUCAGACGAGGCUUGAAGGAGUUAUCAGGAGGUGAGAAUCCGCUGAUACCUUGGUUUCGGGAUGGUCACACGGGCAGGGCAAUAGUAUGGGGCUGGCACAGAGGACGACGACUACUCGGACCUCGAGGCACGAGUCGCGAGGGCGGGCGAGGAGCCGGAUAUACCACGAGGAAUUAUAGGGCCGGAGAUAGUGCCAUGGCAGUCCGGGGCGGAGGUCAUACAUAGGUGAGAUUCAAAAUGAGAAUCAGAUGAGAAGGUGGGGGGGUCUGAGCAGAGAUGCAGCGAUCCGGCUAAUGCGGGCAAUGGCAAGGCAAGAUGGAAGACGGAUGCUGAGAAAUCAGUGUGGGGGUUCCAUGUAUGACGUCCCGCCUGACAUGCGCCAACCCGACAGACUAAACCAAACUAC